CCCGCCCCUUUCUCCCGCUUUCCAUCACCCAGCCCCAUUCUCCCUCUUUCCAUCACCACGCCCCAUUCUCCCUCUUUCCAUCACCCCGGCCCAUUAUCCCGCUUUCCAUCACCCCGCCCCAUUCUCCCGCUUUCCAUCACCCUGCCCCAUCUCCCGCUUUCCAUCACCCCGCCCCAUUCUCCCGCUUUCCAUCACCACGCCCCAUUCUCCCGCUUUCCAUGACCCCGCCCCAUUCUCCCUCUUUCCAUCACCCCGCCCCAUUCUCCCUCUUUCCAUCACCCCGCCCCGAUCUCCCUCUUUCCAUCACUUCGCCCCAAUCUCCCGCUUUCCAUCACCCCGCCCCAUUCUCCCGCUUUCCAUGACCCCGCCCUAUUCUCCCGCUUUCCAUCACCCCGCCCCAUUCUCCCGCUUUCCAUCACCCAGCCCCAUUCUCCCUCUUUCCAUCACCCCGCCCCAUUCUCCCGCUUUCCAUCACGCCCAUUCUCCCGCUUUCCAUCACCCAGCCCCAUUCUCCCUCUUUCAAUCACCCCGCCCCAUUCUCCCUCUUUCCAUCACCCCGCCCCAUUCUUCCUCUUUCCAUCACCCCGCCCAUUCUCCCUCUUUCCAUCACCCAGCCCCAUUCUCCCGCUUUCCAUCACCCCACCCCAUUCUCCCGCUUUCCAUCACCCCGCCCCAUUCUCCCGCUUUCCAUCACCUCACCCCAUUCUCUCGCUUUCCAUCACCCCGCCCCAUUCUCCCGCUUUCCAUCACCCCGCCCCAUUCUCCCGCUUUCCAUCACCCCGCCCCAUUCUCCCGCUUUCCAUCACCCCGCCCCAUUCUCCCGCUUUCCAUCACCCCGCCCCAUUCUCCCGCUUUCCAUCACCCCGCCCCAUUCUCCCGCUUUCCAUCACCCCGCCCCAUUCUCCCGCUUUCCAUCACCCCGCCCCAUUCUCCCGCUUUCCAUCACCCCGCCCCAUUCUCCCGCUUUCCAUCACCGCGCCCCAUUCUCCCGCUUUCCAUCACCGCGCCCCAUUCUCCCGCUUUCCAUCACCCCGCCCCAUUCUCCCGCUUUCCAUCACCCCGCCCCAUUCUCCCGCUUUCCAUCACCCCGCCCGAUUCUCCCGCUUUCCAUCACCCCGCCCCAUUCUCCCGCUUUCCAUCACCCAGCCCCAUUCUCCCUCUUUUCAUCACCCCGCCCCAUUCUCCCGCUUUCCAUCACGCCCAUUCUCCCGCUUUCCAUCACCCAGCCCCAUUCUCCCUCUUUCAAUCACCCCGCCCCAUUCUCCCUCUUUCCAUCACCCCGCCCCAUUCUUCCUCUUUCCAUCACCCCGCCCAUUCUCCCUCUUUCCAUCACCCAGCCCCAUUCUCCCGCUUUCCAUCACCCCGCCUCAUUCUCCCGCUUUCCAUCACCCCGCCCCAUUCUCCCGCUUUUCAUCACCCCGCCCCAUUCUCCCGCUUUCCAUCACCCCGCCCCAUUCUCCCGCUUUCCAUCACCCCGCCCCAUUCUCCGGCUUUCCAUCACCCCGCCCCAUUUCCCGCUUUCCAUCACCCCGCCCCAUUCUCCCGCUUUCCAUCACCCCGCCCCAUUCUCCCGCUUUCCAUCACCCCGCCCCAUUCUCCCGCUUUCCAUCACCGCGCCCCAUUCUCCCGCUUUCCAUCACCGCGCCCCAUUCUCCCGCUUUCCAUCACCCCGCCCCAUUCUCCCGCUUUCCAUCACCCCGCCUCAUUCUCCCGCUUUCCAUCACCCCGCCCGAUUCUCCCGCUUUCCAUCACCCCGCCCCAUUCUCCCUCUUUCCAUCAACCCGCCCCAUUCUCCCGCUUUCCAUCACCCCGCCCCAUUCUCCCUCUUUCCAUCACCCCGCCCCGUUCUCCCUCUUUCCAUCACCUUGCCCCAUUCUCCCGCUUUCCAACACCCAGCCUCAUUCUCCCGAUUUCCAUCACCCUGCCCCAUUCUCCCGCUUUCUAUCACCCCGCCCCAUUCUCCCACUUUCUAUCACCCCGCCCCAUUCUCCCUCUUUCCAUCACCCCGCCCAAUUCUCCCGCUUUCCAUCACCCCACCCCAUUCUCCCUGUGUCCAUCACCCACCCCGUUAUCCCUCUUUCCAUCGCCCCGCCCCGUUCUCCCGCUUUCCAUCGCCCCGCCCCGUUCUCCCUCUUUCUAUCACCCCGCCCCGUUCUCCCUCUUUCCAUCACCCCUCCCCAUUCUCCCGCUUUCCAUCAGCCCGCCCCUUUCUCCCGCUUUCCAUCACCCAGCCCCAUUCUCCCUCUUUCCAUCACCACGCCCCAUUCUCCCUCUUUCCAUCACCCCGGCCCAUUAUCCCGCUUUCCAUCACCCCGCCCCAUUCUCCCGCUUUCCAUCACCCUGCCCCAUCUCCCGCUUUCCAUCACCCCGCCCCAUUCUCCCGCUUUCCAUCACCACGCCCCAUUCUCCCGCUUUCCAUGACCCCGCCCCAUUCUCCCUCUUUCCAUCACCCCGCCCCAUUCUCCCUCUUUCCAUCACCCCGCCCCGAUCUCCCUCUUUCCAUCACUUCGCCCCAAUCUCCCGCUUUCCAUCACCCCGCCCCAUUCUCCCGCUUUCCAUGACCCCGCCCUAUUCUCCCGCUUUCCAUCACCCCGCCCCAUUCUCCCGCUUUCCAUCACCCAGCCCCAUUCUCCCUCUUUCCAUCACCCCGCCCCAUUCUCCCGCUUUCCAUCACGCCCAUUCUCCCGCUUUCCAUCACCCAGCCCCAUUCUCCCUCUUUCAAUCACCCCGCCCCAUUCUCCCUCUUUCCAUCACCCCGCCCCAUUCUUCCUCUUUCCAUCACCCCGCCCAUUCUCCCUCUUUCCAUCACCCAGCCCCAUUCUCCCGCUUUCCAUCACCCCACCCCAUUCUCCCGCUUUCCAUCACCCCGCCCCAUUCUCCCGCUUUCCAUCACCUCACCCCAUUCUCUCGCUUUCCAUCACCCCGCCCCAUUCUCCCGCUUUCCAUCACCCCGCCCCAUUCUCCCGCUUUCCAUCACCCCGCCCCAUUCUCCCGCUUUCCAUCACCCCGCCCCAUUCUCCCUCUUUCCAUCACCCCGCCCCAUUCUCCCACUUUCCAUCACCCCGCCCCAUUCUCCCGCUUUCCAUCACCCAGCCCCAUUCUCCCUCUUUCCAUCACCCCGCCCCAUUCUCCCGCUUUCCAUCACCCAGCCCCAUUCUCCCGCUUUCCAUGA